AUGUCUUUCACGAAGCAAGAUGUCGACAGUCUUCAAUCCAAGAUCACCAGCAACACUUUAGGUGUGGCGAUCUUCACCCUAAUUGUGUACGAAGAGCUUGUCGCGUUCGAUGAGAUCGUGGCCUUGUUUAGGGAGAAGGGACGAGUGUCCAUCACCGUGUUUACACUGAACCAGCUGAACAUGUCUGUGUAUGCUCUCGCGAAUAUCCUGUGCGUGCCAUCUUGGGGUACUGUCGCUUCCAAUGGUAUCAUGAUGUCGUUCCGUACCUCAGACAUUGCAUCGUUUUCCGUAUGUGUGGUAGAUGCAAUGACACCGCACACUCCUAGGCUUGGUACCCUGGCACAAUCAUGUACAGUGGCUGGUGAUCUAGUGGUAGUUGCCGUCACCUGGAUCUCCUUGUAUCGAUCAGAUCAAUUUCUCCCAGACAGCUAUUUCAGGGUGCCAGGUACACUGGCAAGGCUACUGCUGAGAGACGGGACAAUAUACUUCUUGGCUUUAUCAGUCCUCAACCUUGUAGACAUUAUCACGUAUUGGUCAGAUCAUUCUUUCCAAUACGUUCGUAUCUUCAACCUCCCACUCUCAUCCAUCCUCAUAUCACGCCUUGUCCUGCAUCUGCGAGAGAUGUAUGCCAAGAAUGCGUAUUUUAAUUCACAGAGUAUAUCUGUAGUCCGGACGCAGGACGUUGAGCAGAUUGGUGAAGAGGUUCCGAAAGCUAGGAGCAUGGAUAACGUGUUCGUGAGCAAUCGCCGCAUUGGUUUUGGCCAAAAUUAUCAGCACCCUAUUUACGGCGUCACAGCUUACAGUAUCUCUAUGGACUCUGUGCUUGUCAAACAGGGGCUCUAUUUGAUGUUCAAAAUCAACCUCCAUCCCAAGUAG